AGAAUCAAUGGGCAAUAAAUUAAUUUGAUUUUUUUUUUGAAAGGGGGAGAGAACAUGAUGAUAUUUAUGAGGUCAUGAGCGGCUAUAUAAUGGGUGAAACUGGGAGCAGAGGCAACAGUCAGACAGGAGUUCUGAGUUACAGAGAUAGACAAAGACGAAAUAGAUUCAACACAGCAAUGAUGCAUAAGCUGGUAUUCUGCUGUCUCAUUAUUAUCAGCUUCUCCUGUCCUCUCUCAUCUCUCCCCAUCAUCAAUGCCAGUGAGAUGUCUUAUCAACUUGCAGCUGAUGAAGAUUCGAGAUUAAGCCUGGAGCAGUUGGGCAACCUAGGAAGCACUUCCCUGCUUCAGUUUCUGCCAGAGCUCUUGGGCACCCUGACUGAAGACAGCAAAGCAGGAGUGUACUUUCCUGCUGGGAACAUUUACCACCCAACAGUAACCUCUCUAAUGCUGUUUGACUUUCAGACUUUCUAUGGAAAUCACCCUCGAAUUGCUUUGCUGGGCCGCUUCUUGACCAAGGACAGGAAACAGUACAAGAAACGUGGGAAUCUCUCCGAGUGCUUCUGGAAAUAUUGUGUGUAGACAGGAGAAGAAACUCUCCCUGACUUUGGUUGCAUAAUUUAUACAGAUGUCUGAACACAUGUAUAUAGAUUUGCUUGAUUUAAAAUGAGAAUGAAGAAACAUGAAGACAGCUCCUAACUUUAGAGUCUAUGCUACUUGGAAGUUAAUAAAUUCUUGAUGUUUUGCAAUUAUGCUGCGAGCAGUGUAGUAUUUUCUUAGAGUUCAGCACAACAGGAAGAAAGUAAUGGGACAAA